GAAGCAUAAUCGCGCAGCUGUCGGUUGAUCUCAAGCGAUUGUACGGAAAAGGCUGCAAGGAACUCCAUAAAAAGGUAAAUGUGAGAAGGAAAGAGUAAGGGAUGCCGGAGUGGCGAUGUUGGACAUAGACAAUGAAUGACUGAGAGUGAAGGUAUUCUGUGGCGAAAUGGGGAGAAAGAAAGAGAGAAAAAAGAGAGGGGGGAACAACAUAUGUACAUGUACAUACAAGGGACACAAGGUUCAAGGUUACAAGGUUCUAUUCCGCUAACUCGAACCUUACACACGGCAACUUUAAAACAGCUCAAGAAACAACUGGUCAAAGGGCUCUUGCCGGCUGGGACAUGCAUUGACAUUCGUGGCGACGUCUCUGCGGUCGAGAACUUUUACCGUCUGAACCCGCUGACCAAGAACCCUCGGAAGUUAAUGGCGUGUACGCCUUCCGCGCAGCCGUUCGUCGCGUUCACGGAGCUGGAAUUGAUUUCAAUCUUUUGGAAGAGCGACACACUCAAGGCGAAGCUGCAGAGUCUUCAUGGAGCCAAGGACUAUCGUCCUGCGUUGUCUGACAUGUCGUACUGGCUGGCCAACCAAGCACCAGGCUACCUCCUCACGACACUCAUCACCGACGCAGGACUGGGUCAUAAAAAGCGUCGCAUGCCCGGAAUCAGCAAAUCAUUCAACAACCUCGCGACACCUUCACUUGCAGAGAUCAAAGAGCACCUGAGAAUCAUUCAGAACGAGGAUUUCGACCCCCGCACUUAUAAGGAACGCGGUUACGUUAUUCGCGGAUCUAUUCGGACCGAUGGCUUUCGUCUCCAGUUAACGGCAUUCAAGCUGAAGGAGCUUCUCUCGGUUCGGUACAGGCGGCAUCCCACGGACAUAUUGCCUUCUCGGAUUACGUCCACUGUGGGUGGAGUCGACUACUACCUAACUGAGGUUCGGAACGUUGUCAAGACGAAGCAGGAUGUCGCAGUUCUUUGAGACUGUGAACCAGAGAAAAUCAAGAUAUUAGGUCUCGAUCUUGGUCAAGCGUUUGUGGUUGGAGCGAGCGCUCUAUUGCCUGA